AUAGUCACUUCCUGCCCCUGUGCCCAUCCGGCUCCGGGGUCAGCGGUCGCCGCUCUGGCGGGACAGGGGAGAAUAAAGUUUUAUUCGGGGAGAGGGAAGCCGGCCGUCCUCUCCCAGAAACGAGCUGCUGGAUGUAGAAGGAAAGUAGGCCUUGCGCACGGAAGAUGCCUCUAAGGGACAAGUGUUGUCAGACUGACCACCAUCAUCAUGGAUGCUGUGAACCAGUGCAUCUGCUGGAACCUGGUGAUCCUCCGCUAUUACAGCAGCCUCUGCAAACGUCAAAAUCUGGCAUUCAACAAAUCAUUGAGUGUUUUCGAUCAGGAACUAAACAACUCAAGCAUAUCUUGUUAAAAGAUGUGGACACCAUUUUUGAAUGUAAAUUGUGCCGGAGUCUCUUCAGAGGAUUACCAAAUUUAAUUACUCAUAAAAAGUUCUAUUGUCCUCCAAGUCUCCAGAUGGAUGAUAACCUUCCAGAUACAAAUGAUAAACAGAGUCGAGCCAUAAAUGACCUCCUGGAAGCAAUCUAUCCAAGGGUAAAUAAACAAGAAUAUGUAAUUAAAUUGCAGCCUAUAGAAACAAAUCAGAAUGCUGUAUUUCAGUAUGUAACAAGAACUGAUAGUCUAAAUGAGAACACAGAAUGUAAUAAUACAUCUGAUCAAGCUCCAGUACAGGAACCCAUCACUGAGCAACAGAAGACUGUUUCAGCUCCAGUUCCAGUCCCGGCUGGGGAGACUGUAGAAUUACCUCCUGCUGAUCCUGCUACAAACAAGGUGAUACCUACUCCUGAAGAACAGCCUCCCCCAGUAAAUCCUGAUAUGGACUCUCUGGGUAAUUCUGAUUUUGGCCACCAGUUGAUAUGUUGCCUUUGUAGGAAAGAAUUUCAUUCUAGACGCAGUGUACGCCGUCACAUUCGUAAAGUGCACAAAAAAAAGAUGGAAGAACUAAAGAAGUAUAUAGAAACUAAAAAGAUACCAAACCAGUGCUCUGCAAAAGGACGAAAUAAAAAUGUUCUUGUAACUUUAGGUAGAAGUUGUCCUGUAUGUUACAAAUCAUUUGCUACAAAAGCCAAUGUAAGGAGGCAUUUUGAUGAAGUUCACAGAGGAUUAAGACGGGAUUCCAUUACUCCUGAUAUAGCUACAAAGCCUGGGCAACCUUUGUUCUUGGAUACUGUUUCUGCUAAAAAAUCUUUUAAGACCAGAAAACAAAAGUCAUCUUCAAAAGCUGAAUACAAUUUAACUGCAUGCAAAUGCCUUCUGUGCAAGAGAAAAUACAGUUCUCAAAUAAUGCUGAAAAGGCACAUGCAAAUUGUUCACAAGAUAACUCUUUCUGGAAAGAACUCUAAAAGAGAGAAAGGACCCAGCAAUACUGCCAAUGGCACAGAAAUAAAAGUAAAAGUUGAACCAGCAGAUUCUGUAGAACCUUCACCCCUUUCCAUUGCCCUUUCUCCACAGAAUGAAUCAAAGGGAACAAAUCAUUCAAACGAGAAAAAGAGCACACCAUCAGCACAGAAAAAUAAAGUUAAACAGGACUCUGAAAACCCUAAAUCAACCUCUAAAUCAACUGCUAAAUCCGCCUCUAAAUCAGCUACUAAAUCAACCUCUAAACCAACCAAUGCUUCUGCUGCAGGUGGCCAGCAAAAAACCAGGAAGCCAAAACUUUCAGCUGGCUUUGACUUCAAGCAGCUUUACUGUAAACUCUGUAAACGCCAAUUUACUUCUAAGCAGAACUUGACAAAGCACAUCGAGUUGCACACAGAUGGAAAUAACAUUUAUGUUAAAUACUACAGAUGUCCCCUCUGCUCUUACGAAACACGUCGCAAACGAGAUGUGAUAAGGCAUAUAACUGUAGUUCAUAAAAAGUCACCACGCUACCUUGGGAAAAUAACUGCAAGUUUGGAAAUCAGAGCAAUAAAAAAGCCAAUUGAUCUUGUUCUGAAUAAGGUGACAAAAAGGGGCCCUCAGAGAGAUGAAACAAAACAGAUUGCUUCAAAACAGGAUGCUAUUUCUAAUUCUCCCAAUAAAAAGUAUGAAGGAGCUGAUGUUGGCAUUGAAGUAAAAGUAACAAAAAACUUUUCUCUGCACCGAUGCAAUAAAUGUGGGAAAGCCUUUGCCAGAAAAGCUUUUCUAGAACACCAUAAGAAAACGCACAAAGCAAAUGUAUCUCAUUCUCCUGAAGAAAAUAAAACCAAAGGCAGAAGUACAAGAUCAAAAGCUGUUGUCUGAUGGGUUCAAGUGAAGUUCAGAAAGUUUGGAGUUCAGUUGAAUGAAAAGGACUUUAGUUUGUUGGAACCUCUGAUAUCUUGGUAGUGGUACUAUAAGGAGGAAACGUUUUUGUAAGCUGUUGUUUUCUUACUAAAUUAAUAACCAUUCUGACAGUAGGACAGUGCUUCCUCCCAAUAUACUGGAGUAGUUGAAAUGCACACGUGGUUCUAAAUAAGCAGUUAUCUCUAUGCAGCUGAAGUUUGACACAGUGUAGAACAAGCAGUGAAAAGAAAAAAAAUACAGAGCCAAAGUUAAUGAACAACAGCUUUGGAAAAAGAUUUUUUUGUUCCUUGUUUAGGAAAUCAUUAUCAGAGAGCUUACUGUAUGUACUGGUCCUCCCUGGUAGUACUAAUUGAUGUACAGUUCUGAUUUUUUCCUGAUAUCCUACUUUGGCAGAUGCUGUAUUAUAAACUGUUUUAAAUUUAUUACAAGUGAAUGUACGAGAGCAAACAACGUAGUGUGUAUUGGCUGAAUUGUACUAAUUUUUUGUGUUUGCCAUAACAUCAGUUUGUUCUUAAUUGACUGAUUUCCCAGUUGUGGGGUAUUCUGAAUUUCACUGUACUGAAGUUGCUUCUAAGAUCUCCAUUUUGUUUCCGUAUGUGGUUCAUAGGAAAACUUUGUAAACGUCUAGGAAGUUUACAAGAAUAUCCACAUUCCUUUUUAAUUUUUUAUGAAAAAAAUAUACACAAGCACUUUAAUGAUAGUUGCAGUUUAUUUUUUCAGUUUAUUUUUUGAAUGAUCAACACACUAAUGUUAAUAUGAAGGUAGUGAAUAUUGCUGAUGUAUUAUAGACAGACAAUCUGUGCACAACCACUUAUAAUGUUAGGAUAUUUCAUUAAAUAUUAAUAAAAAGGGAGGAUAGUAUGGGAGAAACUCAAAAUAUUAUUUCUCUCAAGAUCACAGAUGACCACUAUAGGUAGCACUUGACUUUGUAUAAUUUUAAAAAUGUUUUAGAUACAUUUUUUUAACCUUUUAAUGAAGAUUAUAGUAAAACAGUUGCAUGCCUACCAUUAUGAAAUUCUUGGCAGGUUUCAUGCAUCAGUGGUUUGGGUUACCUUUGUUUUGGUUCGGUUGUUACUUUUUAGAAAAUAUUUUGUUUAGUAAUUUGUGUCAAAUUGCUACAACUUGAAAGGUAUUGUACAUCAGAAGAAAUACCAUGUUUUUUAUAUAGGUUCACUCCCUUACUUAGGGAGGUGCCUCAUGUUCAUAUAUACUUUUUUGUAUAAAAUAUAUCUAAAAUGUUGAUCACAAGAUCAGGAGUAAAACUGCUUUUAUGGAUAAAGAAAUAUUUGGCCCUGUUAGUGCAUUGCACUAAAAAUACUGUGAAUGGGAACUGAACUGUAACUGCGGCUCACAAUGUUCUACAUUGAAUGUACAUGCUUUUGUUUGGAUAAAUGUACUGUAUUUGAUGGAAAAUAAAACAGACUGGAAAUCACUUUUAGGGUUUUGUAAACCUGGAAUAUCUUACCCCUCUACAAUUGGAAAUCAGAAUGUUUGCAUUUGUGACAAGUUUUACUCUUUGAUCACUGAAACUAGUAGUUUGUGAUAUUUAGUUGUAAUAAAUGUUACUUGUUUUGUUAUGAAAA